GGAGGGGAAAUGAGAAAAGGAAAAGAAGAUGGCUGACUCUCUUUUGUGGUCGUGCUAAAUCUAAGUGUGUAAUUGUUGACACUGAUAUGAAUAGUGUGUCUUAGAGAGUUUGUGAACUUACUGAGUGUUGGUUAAUUACAGUAAAUGUUUAUUUAUACUUGGCAUCGCCACUGCCUGAAGGGGCAUCUUCUGGAUAUUUGACCCCUUUCCAUCAGCGGCUAAAUGAUGUUGAGAUCCAUCUUUUCACACUGAGGACGACUGAGUGACUCGUACACAACUAUUACAAAAGAUGCCACUCACAUGCUUCUUCAGUCUCUUAUCAUCUCAAGAUUGGAUUACUGAAUCUCGCUCUUGCAUCAGAUUUAAAACACUACUGCUCGCCUACAAAGCCCAAAAACAGAGCAGCCCACACCUACCUGAAGGCACUUCACACACCUCUGCACCAUGCUGCCUUCAUGCUUGACCAGACCCACCAUUUCUCAAGAUAAAGGGAGAUAUUCAUCAAGAUUCUUCUCUAUACAGGCUGGAGUUCGGGUUCGGAUAGACAGAGAGAGAGAGAGAGAGAGAGAGAGAAAGAGAGAGAGAGAGAGAGAGAGACAGGGAGAGAUGGGCUCCGCGUCCUCCGCUUACAGGAUCAUCUACCUGGACGUGGACGGCAGGAUUCAGAAGGUGGUUUUCAGCCGGUUCUGUAGUCCCUGUGAUAUCAAGGAGCUCUUUUGCACAGCCAUGGGGUUGCCCAGGAAUACAUCCAUUUCCCUCCUGGACUCAACUGGAGCUAUGGUCUCCAUUGACCCCACCAUGCCGAGCAACUCGGAGAGGUCGCCGUACAAAGUGGUUCCCCUCACUGGAGGACAGCUUGCUGAUAAAGAAGAACUUUUUCAGAAUGUAUUGACUCAGGUAGCGGAGCAGUUCUCCAGGGCUUUUAAGAUAAAUGAGCUGAAGACUGAAGUGACAAACCGCUUGGCCAUGUUGGAGAAAAGAGUGGAAUUGGAGGGGAUGAAGGUGGUGGAGAUUGAGAAAUGUCGCAGUGACAUUAAGAAGCUGAGGGAGGAGAUGGCCUCCAGGAACAACAGUAGUUUCCUGGAUGAUAACAAGAAGCUGACUCCUCGCAGAGAUGUGCCUUCAUACCCAAAGUAUCACCUGUCCAAAGAGACGAUAGAUGCUUUGAGACAGCCGAUCUUCGAUGUGUGGCAGUGGGAACCUAAUGAGAUGCUCAGUUGUCUUGAGCACAUGUAUCAUGAUCUGGGCUUGGUCCGAGACUUCAACAUCAACCCUAUUACACUGAAGAGAUGGCUGCUCUGUAUUCAUGACAACUACAGGAACAACCCAUUCCACAACUUCCGCCACUGCUUCUGCGUCACACAGAUGAUGUACAGCAUGAUCUACCUCUGCAACCUACAGGAAAAGUUUACACAGGUGGAUAUUCUGAUCCUCAUGACUGCAGCUGUGUGUCACGAUCUAGAUCAUCCUGGAUACAACAACACGUAUCAGAUAAAUGCACGGACAGAGCUGGCAGUGAGGUAUAAUGAUAUUUCACCUCUGGAGAACCACCACUGUGCCGUAGCCUUUCAGAUCUUCUCCCAGCCAGACUGUAACAUCUUCUCCAACUUUGAUGCUGAAGCCUUUAAACAGAUCCGUCAGGGCACCAUCACUCUGAUACUAGCUACAGACAUGGCUCGGCAUGGCGAGAUCCUCGACUCCUUCAAACAGAAGGUGGAGAACUUCGACUACACCAAUGAGGAGCAUGUUACCUGUUUGAAGAUGGUGCUGAUUAAGUGCUGUGACAUCUCCAACGAGGUUCGGCCGAUGGAGGUGGCCGAGCCGUGGGUGGACUGUCUGCUUGAGGAGUACUUCAUGCAGAGUGACAGGGAGAAGGCGGAAGGCUUACCCGUCGCUCCCUUCAUGGACAGAGAAAAGGUCACUAAGCCCACGGCUCAGAUCGGCUUCAUUAAAUUCGUCCUCAUUCCCAUGUUCGAGACAGUGAUGAAGCUGUUUCCUCAGAUCGAGGAGGUGAUGGUUCAGCCACUCAGAGAAUCACGAGACAGAUAUGAAGAACUCAAACAGAUUGAUGAUGCCAUGAAUGAGGUCCAGAAGAAGAAGAGUGAGAACCUCACCAUGGGAGGGAAAAAGAAAUGAGUUGGGAGAAUCUGCUUAUUCUGAAUCCGGAUCCUGUAGGUUGGAAAGCUGAUGAAUGUAGAGUGACGUGCUGGAAAACUUCCCAGACAAUCCAAAGCCUCUUUCAGGGAAUGUGAACCAUGAUCAGUGCACACACAAGGCACCUGACUUUCUUCUAUAGAUAUUAUUCUCUAUUUGCCUUGUUUUUAUUUGGUUUUAUAUAUAUAUAAGAUAUAUUAUUCAGAUUGUACAGAUUUUUAGUCACUUGUCCUUUAUUACAAAAAUAAAAAGUUUUAAGUACAAGAUUUUGUCAC